AAUGAAAAGAUCGACAAGUGAUGAUAGUGAUGAUGAACUUUUAUUUUCUAAACUUUCUAAGAGGCGUAAAGAAUCAGCUCGAGAAGAAAUUAAAACUUCCAUUAUAAAUAAUUGCAAAACCCUGUCUAAUAUCGCUCAUACAGAUACAGAAGUAUCUGUAGGAAAGAAUAGUAAUCAAAAUACAAAUACAAAAUCAAGUCCAAAAGCAUUAUCUGUAGCAAAUGUACAACUACGGAGAACUGGCAGAAAAAAAGUUAAUAAAGCUCAAAAAAAAAAUAAACCUACUCCUUUCAAAACUCCGGAAAAGUCUAAGGCAGCGCCCCAACACUGUCCAAUCUGUCAAGCUCCUUACGGAUGUUUAAUCGCAGAAUCUCCAGGCUGGCAUCGUCAGCAGUGUUCUCUAUUAGAAAUAAAGAGAAAGAAAGAUUGUCCCCAAGGAGAAAAUUGUAAUAGUGAAAUUCUCAGUCACUAUGAAAGAUACAAUCAUGAAAAAUUGGCUAAAUUACGUACUCGGCAGGAUAAGGAGUCGAGAGAAAAUGUGGCAAAAAAGCUGUUUCAAAAUAAUUCAGCUGAAGAAUUAGAAUGUGAAGCAAAUAGGAAGGAUACUUGCAUAGCAAAUACAACAAUUAUUCUUAGUAGUGACGAUGAAGAGGUAGCAUGUGUUCUUGAUAUAAAAGAACCUGAUAAAUCACAUAGUAUUGAGAAGGUUCCUAGUGAUGAUAACGCAACAGAAAUUGAUAUACUAAAAGAAACUGUAAUUAAAUCAAGGGAGGAAGGAGAAGAUAAUGAAAAAAUUAGUACGUUUGAGAGUGAAAUGUAUAGAAAUAAAGUAAAAGAAAAUGAGCCAGGUUUAGUCGAAGAAACAGCUACACCUAGCUCUCAAUCCAGCGCCAUAACAAUCCUAGAAGAUAGUAAAUCUCAAGAAGAUAGGAUGAAUACAUUAUCUCAAUCGUGUUCUUCUACUAAGAGUAGAUAUAGCGUUCUUGACGAGUUACCAAGCUAUCAGCAAAUUUCACCUCUCCAACUUAGUCAGGGUGGAGAGGAAAAGGACGCCUUAGCGGAUAAUAUAGAGGAUAAUUAUUUUGUUGAAGAAGAGAUUACCAAAACAUUGCCUGAAGUUAAAGAAGUUGAAGAAAAAAAAUCUGAAUCUAGCGAUUCUGAUAUAGACGAAGAAGAACUGGAGGAAAUAAUGCAGUCCUACGUGAACAAAUGUGAGAGACUUUUAAAAGAAAAGGAGGAAAGUAAAGAGGAAGAUAGCGAUAAAGAACAAGAAGCUAUAAUGCUAGAUAAGAAUAAAGUAGAGGAUAGGAGCAAAGAAGAAGGUGAAAAGGAGAAAGUAGACGAAAAAAAAUUGGAAAACAACUUGGAAGAAAGUGAACAUAUAGACUCUCAAAAUUUUCACAACAAAUCAACGAAACAGUCGUCUAUUAUCUCUUUUUUUGCCAAAAAAGAUAUUGAAAGGAAAAACACAAAUGCUCAAAAUAGUACUAAAACUGUGUCUUUCAAUAAAAAGCCUAAGAGUCAAAGUGUAUCAAAAGAAGUUCGAUAUGAAACGAAAAAUUCAUCCAAAACAGUCGUCAAAAGGUGCCCUUUUUAUAAAAAGAUACCGGGAACAAAAUUUACAGUAGAUGCUUUUAAAUAUGGCCUAAUUCCCGACUGCGAUGCGUAUUUCUUAACUCAUUUUCACUAUGAUCACUACGGUGGUUUGACAAAAACAUUUGAAGGAACAAUCUAUUGUUCAAAAAUAACAGCAAAUUUAUUGUUAUUGAAAAUUCAUGUAAAUGUUGACAAAAUCAAAGUAUUAAAUUUAAAUGAAGAAUAUAUUGUACAAGGCUGCAGUGUUACAUUUCUGGAGGCUAAUCAGUAAGUAAUAAUAACUAUCCAGCAGUUUUUUAUAAAAACAAGUUUCAGUUGAAGAUUAUAUUUUGACUAAAAAUGCUUUCUAGCGUAGAAAUUACCAUGAAAAUAUAUACUUAAUGCAUAAAUAUAAAUAUAUAUAAAACCG